AGGGUAAACGCCAUAUAUUAGCGUCACAACGUAACGGAUAUAAGCGCUAUAUAAGAAGCCAUGCAUUAUUAUUACUCUAAUUCAUUUUGUAUAAAUGUUUCCACAUUCAGAAUCGGCGCCUCAAGUCGACAUCAGGCUAGCAGAUGGCAGCGGAGCCCAUGAAGGGCAAGUCGAGUUCUUCGUCAAUGGCGAUUGGCGCAAAACCUGUGGUGAAGAAUGGACAUUAGAGGAAGCAGACGUAUUCUGUCGUUCACUUGGAUAUGUUAGAGCCUUCGCUCUUCUGCAGGACGGCAGUGCGUUUGUCAGCAGUGGAAAUACAUCACUCUUCUUUGACGAUCUACAAUGUACUGGAUUUGAAGAUAAUGUUACCGAAUGCCGAAUGUUUCGAUAUAAGGAAAGGACCUGCGAUUCUACGUACGGUGCCACAUCAAUAUCAUGUGAAACAGACUUGCAAAUCUAUCUCCGUCUCGUCGGAGGGCGAGAUUCCUACGAAGGUCGCGUCGAAAUCUUCUACGAUGGAUCAUGGGGGUCGAUUUGUGCCGAAAAGCCUUGGAGUAUUGCCACUGCUACUGUUGUGUGCCGCAUGGUUGGAUUCGACGCCGAAGACCUUGUCGCUUUUUACGAUGACAAUCGCUUCGGUGACCUGGCCGAAGAGGUUCGCUUCGACGAGCUUGACUGCGACAAUGUAGAGAGUAUCAUUUCUAUCAAGUCAUGUCGCCUACUUAAGUACGGAACUGGUUACUGUGACAGUGGAUACGCCAGCGUUCAGUGUGACCAACCUCUAAUAACUUCAACUGAUGAGGGAACAAGGACUUCUCGCAUGUCCAUGUCCUCGGCCUACCAGGGAACUACGACGACACACGCCGCUACUAAUGAAGCAGUGUCUACAAUUUCCACCGUCCCAGAAACCACACCAACAGUUUUCAUGACUGAUGAAGCGUCCACUGCAAACGAAGAUGAAGACCAAACAACACAUAUAAGUACGACUAUCACUUAUGAAGCAGUGUCUACAAUUUCCACCACCCCAGAAACCACACCAACAGUUUUCAUGACUGAUGAAGCGUCCACUGCAAACGUAGAUGAAGACCAAACAACACGAAGAAGCACGACUAUCACUUAUGAAGCAGUGUCUACAAUUUCCACCACCCCAGAAACCACACCAACAGUUUUCAUGACUGAUGAAGCGUCCACUGCAAACGUAGAUGAAGACCAAACAACACGAAGAAGCACGACUAUCACUUAUGAAGCAGUGUCUACAAUUUUCACCACCCCAGAAACCACACCAACAGUUUUCAUGACUGAUGAAGCGUCCACUGCAAUCGUAGAUGAAUACCAAACCACUCGAAGAAGCGCGACUAUAACUACAGCCAAUACAGCAACAACUGAUCAAGAAAGCCAGUCGACGCUGGAGCCUGGGAACACGGAUGCUUUCACCUCGGUGCUCCCUAGUGCCCCGGCUGCUCUCGAUUUCACCACAGCCUUAACAACAACAACUCACGUGGAGACCAACACUCCAACAAACUCACCUAUCAGUGAACCAACCAGUGGUGUGCCAACCCUAUUGCUAACAACGCUUGUCACCACAGAACAGCAAAAUUACGCGACUGAUUCCCACGACGUCAUCACAACUACCAAAAUGGAAGGGUCAUCGGUCAAUCCAAGUACACCGAAUAAGGAGUCUCUGUCCACCAUCGAAACUGAGACAACCCCGGUCAGUACCACCGAAUCGCUUACAACCAUCUCUCAUGAAGCAGUGACAUUACAAACGAGUCCGCAAACUACACCGGAAACUACACCAAACACCAGCAAUGCAACGUUACUUUACACCUCUCCUGUGUCCACUACUACGGGGGCAUCAUUGACCACCGAAGUGCUUGAGGUAGAGACCAUAAUGAUGACGAUUUCUACGACAUCUACUGAUACGACUGAUGAUUCACUGACGUUGACAUCGAGUUCUAUGGAAAAUGAGACCGAUCUUUACUUCGCCGAGACUACGACACCUGGCAUCAAAGGCGAUAGAUUAACCACCAUAGCACGAAAAUAA